UACAUGUAUCGUCUAGCCUUUUGAUCGCUACUUCGAGUCUUCGAGUUUAGUCCCUGUGUGACUCGGUCUCGGGCCAGUCUACAUGUAUGUGAGCGUUCUACGCAUUUGCUGGAGGAGGGUAGUAGCGGUAUCUUGGCGGCCGUGGACUGGUGGUGGUGGUGGUGGUAGCGUUCAUAUGUUGUUUUGAUUUCUCACUAACCUGCCGUCGAGUUGGUGAGGGAGGUCCUGCGAGCCUGCUCUACCACUGGUGUGUGGUAAGCAUGGCGUCGACGAAACGUGAUGUAGCCGAGCUGGAGGCCAUGACUGGAAAGCUGAAGCGACAGUUCGACUCGCACCUUUUCUGCCUGGACCAGAAGGCUACGAACAAGUUGGAGAUACUGCAAGAGUGGCACGAGUACCUGCGAAAACGCGUGGAGCUCGAGGGUGAUUAUAACAAGAAAUUAGAAAGCUGCAGCGAUCGCUUUCUGGAACGUGUGACGAGAUUGCGAAGUUCUACGUCAACGAAGGGUGUGGCCCCAACACCAUCCUCAACCACCAGUGACUUGCUGUAUGGCAUGCUAGCGGAAGCUAAAGCCCUCGCUGGACGGCGUGCGCACUAUUCAGAUCAGCUGAACAACGACGUUUUGAGUCGAAUCGACAUGCUUAUCAAGGACACCAACCUCAUCGCAAAGAAGGUGAGAGAAAUUGGAAUCGGUAUGCACGAAGACAUGAUGCGGUCCCAUCGUGAUUUGACAGAGGCAGCCAGGGCGUACCAUGCUGCGUUUUCCACGAUGUCUGAGUCUCAAGCCAAGCUGGUCAAGUUGCAGGCGCGAAGUGCGAAGGGCAAGAAAUCGGCCACAAGUGAGAAGGACAAGAAGAAGGAAAUGAAGUUGAUCACAACAAUGAUGGCUAACAAGCGAGACGUCAUCAAGGCGCGGAACCAGUACAUUCUGCAUCUGAAAGGUGCAAACGUGCACACGCAGCGAUACUUCUCCAAAGGUCUAUUUGAGCUAUUUGAGUAUGCUGAUUAUGACUUCCAAUGGUCAGUCAGUAAGAUCUACAGUGUGCAGAGUGAAGCAGAGAUAGGCAUGAGUGUGGUGGCACGGGAGGCCGCUGACUCCGGUAUCAAGCAGUGUCAAAAACUGGAUACCAAGCAGGAUCUGCAGCGCUUCAUGCAGGACUUCGGCAACUACUUUUACCCACCGCCCGAGUUUCAAUUUAUACCGGCCAAGAAGGAGGAGCCUCAGCAUCUCACGGUCAUUGACGGUAUAUUUGAGGAGAUGAACAAGGAGCGAGCGCAGCUGUUCGAGAAACUCAGUCGUCUGCACCUGUCUGUUGAAGAGGAAACCAAGACACUAGAAUGUGUGGAGAAGAAUGUCGCCAAUGUACAAUCCUUGAUCUUUGACAGUGGCAAAGCGAAGCAGCCAACAGGCAGCCUGUCUGCAGCUGAUGUCGCAGCAAAUGCAUCGACUGAGCCUGAGGAAGAUCCCGGACCCCCGCCGCCUGACGUACAGAGGAAAGCCUCGACCAAUCCAUCGGGUCACUCUCGGUCUACCAGUGUUGGCAAUGUGAAGAGUGGUAUCAUGAAUGAACGCAAAGAGCACAUGGACUUUCUAUACAGUGUGCUGCAAAGGAUAUCAAGCAACAAAACGUGCCUUGACAAGUGGGACUCGCAGCAUACGUUAAUGGAUAAUACACUCGCAAACUUGACGGAGCAGGAUGUCUAUAAACUGACGCAAAUUGAAGUUCAACAGACCCUUGGCGUGGCAAGGGCAACGAGACCUCUGCCAAAGCUAUUCGGUGGAAGUGUCGAUGAGUACUGCCUAGCAAGCGGUGAUCCUGUGCCUCUGGUGGUUCGUAGUUGCUGUAAACACAUUAAUAUACAUGGGUACAAGACGGAAGGUGUAUUUCGAGUGCCUGGUCCGGCAAACGAAAUUGAUGAGCUAAAGCAGAAAUUUGAGCAAGGUAUUGACCCGUUGAUUGACAAUGAUCUCGUUGAUGUGCAUGCUGUCGCUAGUCUUCUCAAGCAGUACUUCCGUGACUUGACAGAGUCUAUGUUCCCCGCGUCAAUGUACCACUCGCUUAUUGCUGUGCAUCCGGGAGCUGGAGAUGAGAAUCGCCGAAUGAUUGACGAGGUCAGACGAUUAGUACACAGCCUGCCCGUGAACAGACAACAUCUGCUGCAGUUUCUAUUCAAGUUUCUAGAAGACUUUUCCGUAUUUUGUGAACACACAAAGAUGACGGGUAGUAAUAUUGCGCUGGUCUUUGGGCCCACGCUGAUCGGCAACCCGCCCAUGGAUCCUCAGAUCAUGGCGCAGGGCAUGCCGCUGGUCAACCGCACCUGCUUGUUCAUGCUGGACAAUCGGCUGGAGAUCUUUGGCGACCCGGUGGUUGAUGAUGUCAAUGACGGUGGUGGUAGUGGUGGUGGCAAGGCUAGUGCGCCACCUGCACCUGCAGCACCUGAUUAUGAAAUUGACUAUCCAGUACCGCCAGCGGACGAGCCUAAGGCCGACGUGCCGCCGGAACCGACGUCGCCAACAUACGCGGUGCCAGAGUCGUCUGAUGGCGCUGCUACGUAUGACACCAUGGAGAACCAGGGACCAGAGUUCUACGAGGAGCAAUACGCAGCAGCUUAUCAGAAAAUCUCUGGUGGCGCCAACGAGGAGAUGGUCGAGCCCGACUCCGACUCGGAGACUGAUGGAGAGCUAGAGGAUCAGCGCUUGGUGCAUGCACUGCACGACUACGAUGCACGCAAUGAGAAGGAGCUGAGCUUCAAACGCGGCGAGACGAUCGAGGUCUUCCAGUUGACUGCUGAUGGCAACUGGUGGGAUGCGGUGAUAGGUGAUUCACGCGGUUAUAUUCCGGCAAGUUAUGUCAAGGAGCUGACUAACACAGCUAUGCCACAGAGCAGCCAGACAGAUUCUGUGGACCUCUCGGCUAGCCAGUCAACGCUGGAGACAUCGCAGACAACGGUAUUUGAACGCAGCCAUUCCCAGACCAGUCAAACACAGCUAGCGCCUACAGCCGCCGGAUUGCUCACCUUACCAGAAGACGAUGAGAUGAAGAAUCGCGGUGGCAGUGGACCUGCAUCAGCACCGCAUGACAUGGAUCAUCUAGGUGAGCCACAAGAUGAGGAGAAUAGACGGCGCAGUACAGGCGAGUACGGUUCUCAUGCGUCACACCAGUUGACUGUCCAGCCGCAGACGUCAGAACCUGCCACACCCAGCUCUAGCGGCAAUGUAUCCACAUUCGGACCCGGAUCAUCAGCGUCACUGGACCGUGUUUCGGCCAAGGUAGGAAUGUUCGGUAGCCAGGGGCAAGGCUCUUCUUCAUCCCGUCCACCGCCAGUGCGUGCCAAGCCCGGCAAGCUGAAAGCCAGUAACUUCGAGCAGCUGCAAGGUGUGAUCGGUGGCGGACCACCCAUGGGUAUGGCUCCAAGGCCGCGACCAGGAGCACCGCCGGGUACAGCUGCCGUUCCCGAGGAGAACGUACCCGCUCCAACGCGGCCAGCGCCAGUCCAGGGUCAACGGCGUCCAAUGCGCCAUUAGCUGCUGCUGCUGGCUGAGAUCUAGGUGGAAUUCUGAGUUUCUGAUCAUCACCUCGACAGCCUGGCCUGAGGCAGGCAUACAUGUGAGCGGCAGCAGCGGCGGUGGGACUUUGGCCUGACAAUAGUCUCUGUAAAAGUGGAUGGGCAACAGCGUCAGCAUCAUCGGUGUCAUCAACAACUAUUUUAUUUUUUAGUCAACACGAAUGUGUGUGUGUGAGAGAGAGAGAUAGCCGGACAUGUCCCAUUCAACGAACUAUAUUGCAUUUCCGAAGCAGGACAGGAGAACGCGCGCGCGCGUGUAUGUGUGGCAAGCUCAGCAGUGCAAUAUUCCUGACAAACCGCACCAUCAGCAGGUGACCACCACCGGUAGCUGGCUUGGCUUGUUCUGAGACACGACCACUGUCAUUAGCACUGUCAUUAGCAUGGCAACAGCUGAAGGUGGCUACACCUGCAUGCUCAGCAUCAGCACUCCAACCAGCAUUGACGAAUAAGCAUGUGUGUACGUGUGUGUGUGUGCGCGCACACGUGUAUGCGUAUGUAUGCGUAUGCGUGUGUGUGUGUUGUCCAAGCACAUUGACAUUGUCCAAGUCAACUUCACCACCAAUGCCAGUCAGUCCUGUAACAGCAACAUAUGUACAUACCCACCUGUAUUCUACACUGUUCCAUAGUCAAUGCUCAUGUUUAUGUACAAUGCAAACGUAUGUGUACAUGCUAGCGUGUCGCAUUUCAGUUCAUUCCCAUGAAUUCACAUUUACUGCCCCCCCCCCUCCCCUUCCCUUUCCACCCCCUUCUCAUAUCGCUAGAUUAUUGGAGAUAAACUUGACGCUGUUGCUGCUGCCGCUGUUGCUGCUGACAGAGAAAGAGCUAGAACACAUGAUAUGCCAGAUUACCCCCUCUGCUGCAGCCAAUCGCCACUGUCAAUAUCCACAAUUACCCAGGUCCAGGCAGCAGGGGCCAUUUGCAUCAUUAUUUUCUUCUCCCGUUUAGCUACUACGUCAUUCUAUCACUGCAGUUUGAAUACUUUCUGCAGGGCAUGCGGAUGCCAGAGAAACACAGUGCCCGUCACCAUCAGCUACUCCUCCUUUGCUUCUGCUGUUUCCUACUACUAACUUCUGCCUACUCUUUGGCACUGCGUUGCUGCCCUGCCCGACCCCAAGAAGCCAUCAGUGAGUGAUGACAUGAUGGCAUCUUCUCAACGUCUUCAGAGUUUUAUGCUUUCCUUGAUCGUUGGCUUUGCAUUUAUACCGUGCGUAUAUGCUAGUUGUUCUCAUUUCUAUUCGUUGCCAUAACCGGAAUGCAUUCAGCAGGGCCCUGGUGCUGGUCCGUGCCUUACAGUUUCUAAUAAUCCGAGCAUUGUUUUCUAACCGA